GGGCCGCGCGCUCUUCUCCCCCGCCCCAACCAUCCCGCUUCCCCCCCCUUUCUUUUCCUUUUUUUUUUUUUUUUUUUUUUUUCUUUUCCUCCCCCCUCUACUGGAAAAGCAGCCGCCGCUCCCUGCACAACCCCCCGCGGCGGGCUGGCGAGGCUGAUGCGGCCGCUAAGUUCAGACUUAUCUGUCCUUUCUGCUGAGCUGACAUUCGGCCAUUCGAACGUGCUCUUGGGCACCUCCCGGCCCAUGUGUUUUUUUAGAUGGGAGUUCAGACAUGAAGAAGGUACAAUGAAGAGAUGUUGCUUGGCAUUUAUUUCUAAAAGGCGACUGGGCCAAGAAGACCAGCUCCUUGCAGAGGGCCAAACCCCCAGAAGAGGAGUCCUAGCCGGUCCCCUGACCUGCAGGACAAGGAAUGGCUACGAGCUCCCUUGCAUGAAAGCCGAGCUCACUCCACAAGGCAUUGCGAGCAAUCAAAAUGGGGAGAAAGCAACGAAUGCCACCAGUCAAAAAAGCUGACGUGAUGAACCCUAUUUGUCUGAAAAUAUCUCCUGUCUUGCUUUGCUUGCUGUCACAGGGAGAGGAUAGUGGUUAAAGCUCGAGCUGGAUGGAUGGGUAUGGGGAGAGGGGCAGGAUCCACAGCCCUGGGACUUUUCCAAAUCCUCCCUGUCUUUCUCUGCAUCUUCCCUUCAGUGACGUCUCCAUGCAAAAUCCUCAAGUGCAACUCUGACUUCUGGGCAGCCACGUCUGGCUCUCACCCGCCGGGCACGGAGGAGGCGCCCGAGUUCUGCACGGCGCUGCGCGCCUACGCUCACUGCACCCGCCGCACGGCCCGCACCUGCAGGGGCGACCUGGCCUACCACUCCGCCGUUCAUGGCAUAGACGAUCUCAUGGUGCAGCACAACUGCUCUAAGGAUGGCCCCACUUCCCAGCCCCGGCUCCGGACGUUGCCCCCCGGGGAUAGCCAGGAGCGCUCCGACAGCCCCGAAAUCUGCCACUACGAGAAGAGCUUUCACAAACACUCGGCCACUCCGAACUAUACUCACUGUGGGCUCUUUGGAGACCCCCACCUCAGGACAUUCACAGACAGCUUCCAGACCUGCAAGGUGCAAGGGGCUUGGCCGCUCAUAGACAAUAACUACCUGAACGUCCAAGUCACCAACACACCGGUGCUGCCUGGCUCCACAGCUACUGCAACAAGCAAGCUCACCAUCAUUUUCAAGAGCUUCCAGGAGUGCGUGGACCAGAAAGUGUACCAGGCAGAGAUGGAUGAGCUGCCUGCUGCCUUUGCCGAUGGCUCCAAGAAUGGCGGAGACAAACAUGGAGCCAACAGCCUGAAGAUCACCGAGAAAGUCUCAGGCCAGCACAUUGAGAUCCAGGCGAAGUACAUUGGCACCACCAUCGUGGUGAGACAGGUGGGCCGGUACCUCACCUUCGCCGUGCGAAUGCCGGAGGAGGUGGUGAAUGCUGUGGAGGACAGGGACAAUCAAGGCCUCUACCUGUGUCUCCAUGGUUGCCCACUUAACCAACAGAUUGACUUCCAGACCUUCCGCUCCGCUCAGGCCACAGAGGGCCGCACUCGUAGGAAGGGGCCCAGCCUCCCUGCCUCCCCUGAGGCCUUCACGUACGAAACAGCCACAGCCAAGUGCAAGGAAAAGCUGCCCAUAGAGGACCUCUACUUCCAGUCCUGCGUCUUCGACCUCCUCACCACGGGGGACGUCAACUUCAUGCUGGCUGCUUAUUAUGCCUUUGAGGACGUGAAGAUGCUUCACUCCAAUAAAGACAAACUGCACCUCUAUGAAAGGACACGGGACCUAGUCCCUGGCAAUGCGGCUCCCUCAGGGCGUCCUCUGGCCCUCCCUGCCCUCUGGGCAGCACUGCUGUGUUUGAGUCGGUGUUGGUUAGGGUUGUUGUAGAUGUUUACUCCUACGUGCCGCAUAGAAUGGGGAAAAGGGAGCAGGAAGGGAUGACGCGACGGCGGUGCUGGACAAUGAGAGGUUGGAUAGUGGAUCCAGCUGGGAGAUAAGGAUUGUCCUCAAAUCUCAGCCCCUCUCUUCAGUGCUAGCCCUUCCGCUUCCCAGUUCUUGCCUGGGAGGAACGUGCUGCCCCCAGGACCGGUUAGGAGUUUUUGCUGGACUAUACCUCACGUGGUUCUUCCUCACCUCCCCCUGUCUUCCUCCUCCUCCCAGUAGUAUGGAUGUUGGGGAGCACCUGCCUCCUCUUAGAGCUCCCUCGUGGUACUGAAAAUGCUUGUGGUGACUGUGAUUUUGGCGUUCGUGACCGUGGCUUUGUGUUAGGGGAGCUGAGCCCGCGAGGAAGCAAGACGGGGGCAGGUUUUCCGCUCGCUGGGUGCCACGCUCGUUUUCCUGCUGUGCUGUUAAGGUGCUCAGCCCCUUCAGCGGCCCGUUUUGCACGCCCGGCUCUCCGUGUAACACUGCUCCUUUGCGAGCACCGGUGUGAAGGGGCAGGUGGCAAAGAGAAGCAGCAUGGCACUUUGCUGGUGCUGGGCUGUCCUGCUCUGGCAGCCGGCAGGCAUGAGGCAGCUUCUGGGCGCAGGGGGGACACGUUCCUCAAGUCCUGCCUGGUGUUUGCUGCGGUUCAAAGGGCACCUCCUAUUUUACCCUGAUCACUUGGCUGAUUUUCUCAGUAGGUUUUAUUCCUGGCUGCCUAACGUCUGUGUUCAGACCCACUGAGGACUCUUGAUUGCGACAGGAGAAACCUGGCCAGUACAAGCAGUUUCUUCAACUUCUGCCCAGCACUGGAGGAGUUCCUUGUGCUGCUUGCUCUUUGCUCCCCUAAAAUGGGCAGCAGAAAGGAUCGUCAGUGGGGAGACCUGAUCCGCAUGUCUCCCAAGCCCUGUACCGUCAGCGGGGCCUGCACCCCCUCCCGAGCACUUGCAAGGGAAGCCCAUGAGCCAGCCAGGGCCCGGGAGCAGAGCGAGAGCUUCACUCCCUGUUUGUUUGCUGCUAGGUCUCUGCUCUUCUCCUAGUCCUGGGGGCCUGACUUGCUACCCCAUUUCAGACCAGUUGCACCUUAAGCCCUGUUGGGCUUGAAUCUGAAACGGGGCAAUGUUAGAAGUCCAGCCAGGAGAUGGGAUGCAGCAGAGGACCCUCCCCAAAUGCCCCCAAAAGUCCAUUCCCUGGCUCGAAACCAUCAGUAAUCUCCUUCCCCUUGCAGUGUAGACUGUCCGUCUCUUCUUCCCCAUGCUCCUCUGUGGUUCACCUCAAUACUCACUGAACAAACAGCAAGACCAUCGCUGGUCUGCGUCUCAGAGACCUCUUUAUGGAUUUCCCCCUCUUUCCUCAGAGGGAAGUUCCCAGAAACCAGCCCCAAAUAAUGCAUAGCUCAUGGGGGCAGCUCCUCUUCUCAAAGGUGGUCUCUGGGUACAAUGAGACAAGCUAUCACCAAAAGAGAGGGACAGGCUACACGUUUGGCAGUCGGAACCGGCACCAAGAGGCAGCCUGAUGUAAAUACGCAAUGUGACUAUUCAAUGUGUCCUAACAGCUCUAGAGCUCCAUUUGUAAAGCAGCAGAGAAAUGCAAAAGUGUGUCAAUGGAUGUAAUUUAUAUUGUCUCUUUAAUAUAUAGAGCCCUGGCAUUGAUCUCGUGUGACUGUACAGAUGAAGAGAUGUAAUUGGUUUUUAAAUGUUUAAAGAAAGAAAAGAAACAAAACAAUGUGUUUACUACUUUGCUCCUUGCUUUGUUUGCUGAUGCCCCAGAUAUUCUGUUUAGGGAGAUUUUAAAAUCAAGAUAUCACAGUUUGGAGGCACUGAGACCAACCACUGGACCAUAGCACUAGACGGUUUGAUGCUGCCUGGGGUGGCAGCUUCCCAAUGCACUAAUUGCUUAGCUAAGUUCAGGCCUUUCUUUUCCCUUUCCUAAAUAAAGAGCCAAAUUUUUGUCUCCCCUAGGAACUGGAGAUGCAAGUUUUGAAAGCUAAAAUUUGUCACUGGAUAAAAGGAGACCGGUUCUCAAUCUAGUACCGCAUAGAUAACCUCACUAGGCAAAGCAUCUCUGAGGAGUUGGCACUUCUUCAAAGCAGGCUGAGCCGUGCCACAGCAUGCUAAUGGGUCAGUACUUCCUGUACGACCUCUGCUUCCUAAAAAGUGGUCACACUAAGGCAUGUUGCGCUGUGGUUUGGGGCUAAUUUCCAGCCUAGAAAAGUUCUGUCACUAUCUCAUGGCCCAGUGCCCCUCUCCAGCUGAGCGCUCCGGUGGUGGUCGGCUGCAGUACAGUGGUUGGGGUAUCCCUAUUUUAGAAGCAAACAGUGAAGCACUUUAUUUUGGUUGUGUUUGACCCAGUUCUGGUUAAAGGUGAAGUGUGGCCAAGAGACACCCAAUACUUGGAAACAGCAAAAAAAUAUAUACAUAGGCAAGGAGGAGGAGGGGUGUUGUGAGAAGGUUCCCCAUCUCCUCCCUGUGUUCAGACCCACAGGAGUGUCACCAUGUGUAUAGACUGUAAAUUAUUUAUUGAGAGAAAUGCAAGUAAAGUUUGAGGUUUUUUGACAAUAAA